UAAUGUUACAUAAAAGUUCUGCAGGGGGAAAAAAUGGAAAAGAGUGGAGAUUUCAAAUCUCAGGGCCGCUGAGCAGCUGCAAGGGUGCUGACCAGGGGCGGACUGACCAUUUGGAAACUCGGGCACUGCCCGAGGGCCAGGGGUCAGUAGGGGGCCCCAUGAGAUGCCCCUGGUACCUUUUUCAUAGGCUUUUUUGAGUUUGGGCAAGGACACAGGGGCCCCAUGAUCUCCUAUUGCCCGGGGGCCCCAUGAGUUGUCAGUCCGCCCCUG